AUGGCUACCCCCAGUGUCCUUACUUUUGAUGCUGAGGGCCGUGCUGCUGACUUUGAGGUCUGGGUCGAUGACCUCCAGCUGUUUCUCCAGUGCAAUAGGGCAGACGGACUCUCUCUGUUUGAUCUCACCUCUGGUGUCUCUCCUGCCCCGCCUGCCACUAGUGACAGCACUGUUCGCUCACAGUGGGCCACACACGAUGCUGCUACUCGCCUUGCUGUGCGUCGCCACUUACAGACCACUGAGCGUGCACACUUUAGCCAGUACAAGAGUGCUCAGACCUUGUACGACGAUGUAGUUGCACGCUACUCUUCCCCUGCCACUGCUGCACUGAGCCGCCUCAUGCUACCAUACCUCUUCCCUGACCUUGCUGCCUUUCCCACAGUCGCUGACCUCAUUACGCACCUCCGCACUAGUGACACUCGCUACCGCGUUGCGCUUCCUGCUGAGGACCACUUCCUCUCAGUUUGCCCCACCACUCUCACCGUUGACCUCCUCGAGAAGGGCCUCCUAGCAGCAGAGAAGAGCAUAGUCACUGUAGGAGCCUCUCGUGGUGACCCUCGCACCCUCGUCUUUGAGGGGUAUUCUCCCUCCCCCCUCUUGCCCUCUGUUGCCUCUGCUGCUGCGGCCGACCUCGUUGGUUUCGAGGCGCUGGAGGGGCUGGCGGGGGCGGUGGAGGUGGUGGUGGAGGCAGUGGAGGGGGCGGGGGUGGUGGUGGGAAUGGUGGCGGGGGUGGCGGCGGCAGCGGCAGCAGUGGAGGCGGAGGAGGCGGCGGUGGUGGCGGAGGAGGCGGAGGUGGAGGAGGCGGCGGAGGCGGCGGUGGCAGCGGUGGCCAUGAUGGAGCAGGUCGCGACUCUGCGCAGAGGAGUGGCUCAGCGCGGUGGGGGUACUGGUCCCUACACUUACGUCCUCCGUACCAGCGACCGAGCUGGUGAGCAGUGCAGGGGCCCGCACUCCACCCAGCACUGCUUCGGUCGACUGACGGACGCGUGGCGUCGCCAGAUCCCUGAGGCGUCAGAGAUCCCUCGCUGGGGAGAUCUGUUUAGGGCGGGGGUGGCUAUCUUUGAUCUUGACUAUGAUGCUAUCCUUGCUGCCAUGUAUUUUGUGUCUACUAGUGUUGAGGGUGACUGUUACCUGCAUGUACCGCUUGACCCGGGCAUUGAGGCCACUGCUCUAGGUGCUGGUGAGGCUGCUGCCCUAGGUGCUAGUGCGUCUACUGCCCCAGGUGCUAGUGCGUCUGCUGCCCCAGGUGCUGGUGAGUCUGCUCUCUCAGGUACUAUAUCGGCUCAGGCCUUACACACCUUCACCCUUGACUUGGGUGCGUCACGCUCCUUCUUUCGAGAUUGUACCACUCCUCCGCCGCUCAGUCGGCCGGUUGCAGUCUCCUUGGCGGACCCCUCUCGGGGUCCUGUCCUUGCUAGCUUCUCUACUGUCUUACCGUGCUUGGCAGCCCCCUCUGGCACCCUGUCUGGUCUUUACCACCCCUCGUUCUCUACGAACUUGGUGAGUGGAGCGGAUCUAUAG